CAGUCACACAGACACAACCAUCUCUCUUUAUUAUCCUCCCUUAAUUAAAAAUACAGUUAAAAUAUUAUUUUUGUCAGUUAGAACUUAUCAUCUCACCUUCUUCUUCUUCAAUGGAAGAAACUCCCGAUUAAAUGAGACUUCUUUUAACUUCAUUUAUUUACUAAAAUAUGCCAUCUCGUCACUCUCCACCGCCGUUACCAUCGACUACGACUUUCACCCACGGUCAUCACCGUUUCCAAACUCUUCCACUCAUCAUCGCCGGUUCUCUUACCUUAACCGGAAUUUUACUCAUCCUCGUCACUCUGCUUCUUUACCGGAGACUCUUCAAAAACCGUACGGCUCCUUCCGAUCUUAUCUCCAACUCCAAGUCUCCUCAACACUACCAAUGCCGCCGCUUCUCUUACUCUCAGCUCCGCCGCGCUACCAACUCUUUCUCCCACUCGACUCACCUCGGCCACGGCGGAUUCGGCUCUGUUUACAAAGCUGAUUUCCCUAACGGCGGCGGCGAUUCACUCGCCGUCAAAGUCAUGGACACCUCCGCUGGCUCUUUGCAAGGCGAGCAUGAGUUUCACAACGAGCUUUCUCUCUCUUCUCACUUAAUCGGCUCUCCUCACAUCGUCUCUCUCCUCGGAUUCUCAUCUGAUCGUCGUGGCCGGAGGCUUAUCCUCGUCUACGAGCUAAUGGCGAAUCGUAGUUUACAAGACGCGCUUUUGGAUCGUAAAUGUGAGGAGCUUAUGGAUUGGAACAAAAGGUUUGAGAUUGCUACGGAUAUUGCAAAAGGGAUCGAGUUUCUUCAUCAUUCUUGUGAUCCAAUCAUCAUCCAUGGAGAUGUUAAACCUAGUAACAUCCUUCUUGACUCUGAUUUCAAAGCCAAGAUUGGAGAUUUCGGUUUAGCCAGAGUAAACUCUGAGGAUUUAGAUACUAGGAUUCUGAUUGAGGAAGAUGAGAAGAGAAAGGAUCUUGUUGUUGUUGCUGUUGAUGAUAAUGGUUCGAUCCUUGAAGAGACUGAAAGCGUUAUUACUGUGUUUGAAGAAGGUAAUGUUGUCAAUCUCUCGCCGGAGAAUUCUGGGAUUAGCGUCUUGACGGAGACGGUGGUGUCUCCGGGGGAAAAAUCGAGACUUUCGCCUGAGAAUUCUGCGGUUAGUGUUUUGACGGUGGAGGUGGGUGUAGCAUCUCCGGAGAUGAUGACAUCGAUACCGUCGCCGGAAACUUGUGCGGUUAGCGUCUUGACGGAGACGGGAUUGUCACCGGGAGCGGCAUCGGGGUUAUCGCCGGGGAGUAGUAGUAAGCUUAAAGUUGGUUCGAAGAGGGAUUGGUGGUGGAAACAGGACAACAAUGGUGGAAGCAGAGGAGGGAUUGAAUCAGGGAGUGUGAAGGAUUAUGUGAUGGAAUGGAUUGGGAGUGAGAUUAAGAAAGAGAGACCUAACGACAAUAAGGAAUGGAUCAACAGUGGUGGUGAUGGUGAGUCAUCAUCAGUCUCUAAGAAGAGGAAGAAAGAUAAGAAGAGAAAGCCUAGAGAAUGGUGGAAGGAAGAGUUUUGUGAAGAGCUAACUAGAAAGAAGAAGAAGAAGAAGAUGAAAAGAGGGCUAAGCUCAAUUUCAAGCAUUGACUCUUGGUUUCAUAGAGAUAGAGACGAUGAUGCUUCCUCUGUUCGUGACCAGAAUCUUAACCCUACCAAGAGGAAGAAGAGAAAUAGUAUAGAUUGGUGGGUAGAUGGGUUAAGCGGGGAGCUAAAAUCAGCCAUGGGUAAAAAGAAUAGUCAGGAUUCUGGUUUAUGGUGUGAUGUGAAUGUUCAGAAGAGCGGUGGAGUAAGCAGCACACCAAGUAUGAGAGGUACGGUGUGUUACAUUGCACCAGAAUGUGGCGGUGGAGGUGUGUUGUCUGAGACAUGUGAUGUCUACAGCUUUGGGGUUCUGCUUUUGGUUCUUGUCUCAGGGAGACGGCCAUUGCAAGUGACAGCAUCGCCUAUGUCAGAGUUUGAGAGGGCUAAUUUGAUAUCAUGGGCUAAGCAAUUGGCUUGCAAUGGUAAAUUGUUGGAUUUAGUUGAUAAAUCUAUACAUUCUUUGGAGAAUGAGCAAGCGGUUCUAUGUAUUACUAUUGCACUAUUGUGUCUGCAAAGAUCUCCGGUUAAGAGGCCAACGAUGAAAGAGAUUGUUCAGAUGCUUUCGGGUGCAUCUGAGCCUCCGCACUUGCCGUUUGAGUUUUCUCCCUCGCCUCCUAUGGGUUUUCCGUUUAAGUCAAGGAGGAAAGCACGGUGACACUGGGGGUUGGUAUUGAGCUCAGUCAUCAAGUGUAGAUUUUCCCGGUUCAAAACACUAAACCAAUUGCGAGUUGUAGGAACUCUUAAAUUCCAUAAGAUUAGCUUUUUGCAAAUAUUUAUGAAGAUCUAGUUGCUUAACAUAUUUAGUGUAGACAAUAAAGAAUUUCCAAUUGACAUCAAGAAGAUGAUCAUGAUUUAGAGUUCAA